AAAAUGACCAACAUGCCGUCGCCGCAGUUUUCGCUGCGAUGGAACAAUUAUGCGCAGUAUAUAGCCACUGCAUUCGGUGUCCUGCGCUACGACGAAGACUUCGUCGAUGUGACACUGUGCUGUGAUGGCCGCAAAAUAGGUGCCAACAAGAUGUUGCUGUCCGCCUGCAGCCCUUAUUUUAAGGACGUGUUCAAGGAGAACCCCUGCCAGCACCCAGUUAUUAUCUUCAAGAACGUGCGCUACACCGACCUAAUGUCAAUCGUCGAAUUUAUGUAUCAGGGAGAGGUGAACAUCGCUCAGGAUCAGCUGCCUUCGUUUCUGCAAACUGCCGAAAUGCUGGCUGUACGUGGUCUCACGGAGAAUUUGAACGACACUAAGCUACAACAGAUAGUAACAACGUCACAGCCUGCUAGUACUGUACCGGUGCCAGCUACUCCGACGGGUCCCUCAACCAGCGAUGGCGAAAGAUAUGAACAGGAAACCCACACGUUAUCUGACGGGAAAGUUGUAUCGACCACCCCACAAACCACGCAGGAGAACCAAGGACAAAUGCAGGACAAGGAGAAGCAGCAAGUUACUGUCGAACCUUACUCAGAGGCGGCUGAACAAUCGGAUGCUUCGAUGAACAUUGAAAUGACGGAAUUUAUCGUUGUCGAUGAGGCGAUGGCUAGCAGCAAUGGAAAUAACAACGCAUUCAUGGCAGAGAGCUAUCAGUUGGUAGCCGAAAAUAUCGAAGAGAAGAAUGAGGAUGAGGAUAUGGCACAAGGCAACAUUGAAAUCGAAGGCUCGGAUAUGGAUAUGAUUCGUAACUCCCAGAGUUCAUCCGAGGAACCGUCGAAAUCCAAUCUCUUACCAGUUUCUAUGGAUACUAUGGGGUUGAACAAUGAAAAUGAGCGUAACAAGUGUUCAGAAUGCCGACGCUCCUUCUGCUCCGCCAGUGCCCUGAAACGCCACCAACAAGCCAAGCACUCGAGUAUCCAGACAUUAUUUACGUGUGCCCUUUGCGAAGCACGCUUUAAAACGAAAUGGUCACUUUCGACACACAAAUCGAAGUACCAUCGUGGACAAAGUGCCACUAUUAUAAUUCGUACAAGUGAACAGGAUUCGGCCGGCACUGCUGGUACAAACGACACUGACGACGGUGCCGGCAAAUCCGUAGGGGAAGAUUCUAGUACGAUAGCACGGAAGACGGGAAAGCGCACCGCAUCCGGUGGAAUGGUAACGCCCGUCACAUCGCAGGUUAUCGUUGAUGCGGGAAAUUCUUAA